AUGAAUACAGAAAAUAAGGAACUAAAAGAAUUAUUUAAAACAAUAGAAAAUAUAAUAAAUAGUUAUGAAGCAGAAUUGACAAUUAAAAGGAAAGAGUGUUUUGAAAAUGAUGAAUAUGCUUAUAGUUUAUGUGAUGAUUACAAAAGUAGAAAAACGAAGAAUGUUGUAAUACAUAUGAUAAAUAAAAAUAUUAAUAUACUAUAUUUUAAAGAUGAAUAUAAAAAUAUUAUUUUUGUUAAUUUUUUAAGGUUGUGCCAAUUGAAUAAUUUGGAUGUGAAAAAAUACCAUGAUUUGUUUUUAAAAUAUGAUAUUAUUUCUUUAUUCCCAAAUUUUGAAAAACAUUUAAAUUAUUUUCUAAAACCAGUUAUAAAUAACGAUAAAUUAUUAUGGGAUAUAAAUAAAGAAUAUUUUGAAUUACAUAACUUGAAAUUCAAAGAAAAUUGUAAUAACAAUAAUGAUAAUUAUUUUUUUAUAGAAGAUAAAAUUAAAAAUAAAAUGAAUAAUCUUUUAGAAAAUUCUUCUAAUGAUGAUACAUUUAGUUUUAGUGAAGAAAACUCUGUUUCUUCAUCUACAGAAAAAUCUUCUAUUUAUGAUGAUGUAGACAAUGAUAAUAUAACAAAUAAGAAAGAGCUUAACAAUAAUGAAAGUUUCUCAAAUUCAUUUUUAAAACAUUUAAAUGAAAAUAAACCAAGCGUUUUAGAAGAAGAAUCAAAUUUUUUAAAUAAUAAAUUAACUAAUGAAAAGGAAACAUUGAGGAUAUCUAUUUAUAACAAAAUGAAAGAAGAUAUACCAAAUAAGAAAUUUAUUAUGGAAAAUAUAGAAAAAAUUGAUAAAAAAGAAAAGAAUGUCUUUUUGAACUUAAAUAAUAUUAAUUUAAAUCAUUUAAUAGAUUCUAUUGUAAGUAAAGAUAAUGAAUGUAAUUCCUCUGAUAAAAUAAUGAAAAAUAGUUUAGGAGAUUCAUUAGUUAAUAAAUUUGUAAAAACAUAUGAAAAUGAGAAUGAGGAAAUAAAUAAUUUGCACAAAAAAAUAAAUGGUAUGGAAAAAAUUAUUAAGCAUUUGAUGAAUGAAAUAAUAAAGAGAGAUUUAAUAGAAAAAAAAAUUAAUAAUAAAGAGAUUAAAGAAAUAAAUUUUGAUAAAAAAGAAACAGAAAUGGAAUUAAAUAGUGAAGAAAAUAAUGAAAAAAAUAAUGAAAAAAAUAAUGAAGAAAAUAAUGAAAAAAAUAAAUUAAAACAUAAUGAAAUAGAUAAUAUUAAAAAUAUAAAUACAAUUAAUAUAUACAAUAAUGAUGUAAAAGAAGUAGAUAAAAAAUAUUUCGAUAGUUAUAAUUACACAAGCAUACACAGAACAAUGAUUUUAGAUAAAAGUAGGACUAACUGCUACUAUGAAUUUAUAUAUAAAAAUAAAGAAAUAUUUAAAAAUAAAGUAGUUCUGGAUAUAGGAUGUGGAUCAUCUAUAAUUUCUUUGUUUUGUUCAGACUAUGCAAGCAUUGUUGUUGGUAUAGAUAACGCAAAGAAAAUUUUAAACAAAGCAAAGAAAAUAGCAGAAAAAAAUAAAGCAAAAAAUAUUUUUUUAUUUGAAGGAAAAUUAGAAGAUAAUGAUAUAUAUAUAGAUGAAAAAGAACAGAUAUAUUAUUUAAGUAAAAAUGAAGAUAUUGAAAAUUUUCAAAAAAUUAAUAAUGUUCAGUUAAAACUUUUAAAAUUUGAUAUUAUUAUAUCGGAAUGGAUGGGAUAUUUUUUAUUUUAUGAAUGUAUGAUAAAUACUAUUUUAUAUGCUAGGGAUAUUUACUUAAAGGAAAAUGGCUAUAUAUUUCCGAAUAAAAUAAAUUUAUAUAUAUGUGGAUACAAUGAUUUAGAAUAUAUAAAUGAAAAUAUAUUAAUAUGGGAAAAACCAUUAUAUAACAAAGAUUUAUCGGAAUUAAAACCAAAUUUGAAAAAUUUCAUGGAAAAUGUGAAAAUAAUGAACGUAGACAAAAAUAAAGUAUCUACUGAAAUAAUUAAUUUUGAAACAAUUAACUUGUAUACAUAUAGAAAAGAAAAUUUUUACAUUAAUUCUAAUUUUGAAAUUCCUAUAAAAGAAGAUAAAAUAGUAACGAGUUUAUGCUUUUAUUUUGACUGUAUUUUUGAAACCUCUACAUUUUAUGAAAACGUUAAUCAAAACAUAUCAAAUGUAAACGAAGUGAAAUCUAUAAUAAACUCACAUAGUACUUAUAAUAUUUUAACAACAAGUAUGUUUAAAGAAAAAACUCAUUGGAAACAAACUCUUUUUCAUUUGCAUUGCUGUAAUUAUAAUAUUUCAAAUAUUUUUUGUAUAAAUAAAGAACAAAUAAAUUACUUAUGUGGUAACAUUUAUGUCUCCCCUCAAACAAAACAUUCAAGAAAUAUUAACGUAGUAUUACAAAUAAAAAAAAAUAAAUUAUUAAAUAUAAAUGAAGAACUAAUUUGUUGUUAUUCUAUAGAUUAA